AGCAGUUGUAGCAUCGUAGCAAAGACCCUCACUGCACUGCAGUUCGAGACGACUCUUGUCACGGAUUUUUAUUGUUUGGUGUUUUUCUUUACCAUUAUAUCUUUGGAAUACCGAUUACACCCAUUGGAAAUUAAGGACAUGUUUAGUGUUUCUAAAUAAAGGAUUUCAUAUGCUCUACACUACGUGCUAUAUGAAGGACAAGCAGCUGCAGAUGGAGUCCAGGAUUCCACACCAUAUCUCUGGAGUUUCUUCUUCGGUUAUGGUACAGCCUUUAUUAGACGGCCGGGUGCCCUAUGGCCGGCUGCAGCACCCCCUGACUAUCUUGCCCAUUGACCAGAUGAAGACCACCCACAUUGAGAACGAUUACAUUGACAGUCCGGUGGUGGCGCAACGGCCAGCCAAUCAGAAGCCUCUCAGAGAGGCCAAUGAAUCCCUCCUGAUUGGCCACAACCACCAGAGCCAUCACCCACACCUGCAGAGGUGUGACCACCAUGACAUCACUCACCCGUGGAUAUCGUUCAGUGGCCGCCCCAGUUCUAUUAGCAGCAGCAGUAGCACUUCAUCAGAUCAGAGGCUACUGGACCAUGCAGCCCCUCCCCCGGUGGCUGACCAGAUCUCCCACAGGACUGUCAGCAUGCAGCCCAAGCCUUUGAACUCCAAGCCCUUAGAUCUCAAGGGGGAGGUGACCUUGGAGACCAGCAAGCAGCACAUGCUGCGCUGUGAGCAAUGUGGGAAGUGCAAGUGCAUGGAAUGCACGCUGCCCAGGGCCUUGCCCUCCUGUUGGGUGUGCAACCAAGAGUGCCUGUGCUCAGCCAAGACCCUGGUGGACUCUGCCACAUGCAUGUGCCUCGUCAAGGGAAUAUUUUAUCAUUGCACCACAGAUGAAGAUGACGAAGGCUCCUGUGCCGACCGCCCCUGCUCCUGCUCCCAUUCCAACUGUUGUGCUCGCUGGUCCUUCAUGGGGGCCUUGUCUCUGGUGCUGCCCUGCCUUGUGUGCUACCUGCCAGCGAUGGGCUGCCUCAAACUGUCACAGAAGUGCUACGACAGAACCAGCCGCCCUGGGUGCCGUUGCAAGGACUCAAAAGCCUGCAAAGCAGGCAGCCAGGGGAAACCAUCCUGAUAUGACAUGUGCUUUUUCUUUGUGUGUUGAAUUGGGAAGAGUUCUUAAUCCUCCACUCAUUUCUGAAAGUGUUAAUCCAAUAUAGUUGGAUAACAGCAAUUCUGGUACUUAGGAUUAAACUCCUUCACUUUUUAGUGAAGGUAAUAUUAUGCUAAGUUGUAAGGACUCUUGACUCAGAUGUCUAAAGUCUUGUCCAACACAAGCGCAUGGCUAAAGGCACACUUUUUUACAAUUUUAAAGUUUAUGGUUCAACAACGCAGGCUCUGCACCAAUGAGGUUCAAUGUGGAAAUGAAAAAAAACAAUACAACCCACAGAGCUUUACAUUUCCAUUUCCUCCUCAGGCAAUGCAAUGCAAAGCAGGCUGUGGAAGCCAAAGGGGUUUCACUGCCUACCCCCUGCUUCAUUCGUAUUCAUUCCACGGCCAACUGGGUAGAUUCCACAUUCCUUAACAAAGAAGAAUAAGCAGCAAGCAGGGGAAAGGGAAAGUUACCAGUCUGUCAGAAGUGAAUUAUGUGAAAAGGAACAGAUUCAAGCCCACUCAGUGUCACCCACCCGAUCUUUAAUUAAUGUCAGUGGUUUCAACUUGCGUGGGUCACUUCUCAUCACACUCGUUCGUCCUCACCACAACUCCUUCUAACGAUUCCCCACAGACCUUUGUUUUGUGUUGGUGUGUGGUAAGCCCUUUUUUAGUGGGAACCUGUUAUUAACACGCAAGCCAGGUUUUCUGUGCUGCUCCUGCUUUUCAAUAUGAAGGGGCUCCUCAGGGAUCAGUUCAUCUAGUUCUCAUGUGCAGUGGUGCAUUAACAAGGUUCUUACUAAACAAGCGUCUAUCCUGCAUUGACCCCCAAAAUGUGCACAACAUUAAGAAAUCAAGGUACACUACAGAAAAAAGCACAUUAUUACAGACAUGGUAAAAAUGUUUCUUUUUACAUUUGACCACCCUGUAUUGCAUUGCCAAGCAUAAUAUUAUAUUCUUGCUGCUCAGCUGUACCUGUCUUGUAUAAUAUAUAAUAAUAAUAAUAAUAAUAAUAAUAAUAAUAAUAAUAAUAUGUGUCUAUGUUAUUGUAAAUAUGUUUUUUUUUUCAAAAGUCUAUUUUAUUGUUUAUAUUCAGGGGUUAAAGCCAAAGGAGUAAUUUGCUAAUUUCUAUUUAAGGUAUAUUUUUGUGUGCACUAGAAAGUGAUCAAAUUGCUCUUAAAGGUACAGUGUCCUUUCUGCAGGGUGAUCUGAUUCAGCAGAAGAGAAUUCUGUGUCUGUAUAUUUCUAAACCCCUAGCUGGCCCCUGCUGUUUAUAUAUGAUGAUGUUUGUACUUGUGCACUUGCACAAAGCAGAGACAACCAUGAGAAAAAACAAACAAACCACUGUGCUGUUAUAUGAAUGUAUGAGGCAAUAGUAUUUAAAGCGCCAGUGUACUGUUUUGCUAUUCAUUUCAAUGGUUGACACCAACAAAAUCAGCUAAAAACCCUAAAAGAAGGACAAAAUUGUUCUUGCCCCUUUAAAAGAAAAAAAGACCUAUGCAGGUUGUAUUUUUGUUGUAUAUAGUUUAAAGACAGAUUUUUUAAAAUAAAAAAAAUGUUAUAAGCUUAUUUUUAACAUAGUAAUUUAAUAUAUUGUAAGAUUGCAUGGUACAGUGUAAUGAGUAUUUUGGCUUGGUGGUACGCUUUGGGGGAAAAAAAUUACCAGUCUUUCCCUCUCCAGAAGCACUUGCAUAGAAACUGUGCUCGGUCAUAAAAAUACCUCGUUGUUUAUGUUUUCCAUGCCUCAUUACUUAGGAAGAAGCAUGCCUAAUCCCCAUCUCAGAAACCUAAUAUUCACGGAAACUGCUAAACAAAUAAAAAAUCAGCUUUCUCGGAUCAGCUGAUUUCCAUUCCUCUUUGCCUUUAUUGUUGCAUGCUUUUCCAAUGCAGUUCGACAAGUACCCCAGGCUUAUUGACAAAAUACAGCUGCAUUAAAUAACUUCUUGAAACCUGAAGAGUCUUAGACUGACCCAAAAAAGGAAGAAUCCAUUAAAAGAGAAGUCUUUUUAUCUUUUGUAAUAGGAAGGUUCUGUAUUCCCCUUCCUGGAUUCAAAGGAAGCAACUGCAAACUUUGAGCUACUCCCACCCCUUCAGUUUCCAAAGCUAUGGGUUUACAGGGGAACACUGAUGAGAGUGUAUAUCUUCUGUGUUCCAAAUACAAUUUGCAUCACCCACCAGAAUACUCUGUACUGUACAGCAUUUCAGGUCUUUGAAAAUCAUUGUAUAACGAAUCUAACUCACACUACUCUAAUUAGCAAGUGGCAUAUGGUAUUCCUUGUUUGUCUUGGCAAAUUAAAUGUUGAGAAAGCAGCUAUGCUGAGUUCUUGUCCUGUAAUAAAAAAAAAACCCGAAAAAAAACCAACAAAAAAAACAAAAAAAACUCACAG